AUGGCCACCGUCCGAAGCAAGAUUGAACGUCUACUCGAAAAGAAUGUGGAAUAUUCACGAACGUAUCCCGGAACGUUCACACUCAAACAGUUGCAGGCUGCCCCGGGCCCGAAAGUUAUGCUUCUGACCUGUCUGGACCCCCGAUGUGUCCCAGAGAACUUCUUUGGGCCAGGUCUAUUUGCCAGCUCCUUUCGUAACGCAGGUGGUCGGGUUACUGAGGACGCCAUUCGAUCCAUUACAGGACUGCGUGCUCUUGUCGGAAUGAAAGGAGUAGCUGUGGUCCAUCACACUGAUUGUGGCGUGAGCCAUAUUACAGCGGAAGAGGUUCGUGAAUUUAUCAAACCUGGAGGUCCAGGAGCUGCGGUGGAAGUUGAAAACAUUGAUUAUCAAUUUUUCACAGAGGAAGGAUUCGAAGAAGCACUCAAAGAGGAUGUGAGAAAGCUCAGAGCACUGAAAAGUCUUGCAGGCAUGGAGAUAUAUGGAUUUGCAAUGGAUACCCAGACCGGUCUCGUCCGGGAGGUUACCGUGUGA